GCCCGGGGCUGCACACGGGCUCCGGGCUGCAGGGUUCGGCGUCUGAGCGCGCGGCCCAUUAGCUUCUGGCCGCGGGACUGCCAUUGGGUUCAUACUUUCCGCUUGAAACAUCGCCUGUGUGCCUUCCAAGCUGGGAGACAGGAAGUCGACACAUCGAGGGUGGGGUCCGGGAGGCCGGAUCUCACAAGCCGCCGGGCUGCGGCCUCCGAGGGGGCUCCUUCCGACUGGCGACAGCCAUGGAGAGGCGCUGGGGACUGUUCUGGGUCGCGGUGCUGGGCUUUGUGCUGUGCGUCCAAGGUCAACGUGACUUUGAUUUGGCCGAUGCCCUCGAUGACCCCGAACCCACCAAGAAGCCAAGCUCAGAUAUCUACCCCAGACCGAAGCCCCCGUAUCACCCACAGCCAGGCAUGCCCGACAAUAGCGGAGGCAUCUACCCCAGACCGAAGCCCCCGUAUCACCCACAGCCAGGCAUGCCCGACAACAGUGGAGGCAUCUACCCCCGGCCGAGGCCACCCCCGCGCCCCCAGCCCGGCGGUUCCGACAGCGGUGGAGGUUACUUUGGGAACAGGGACCAGGAUGACGGCCGCUACCCGCCCAGGCCCAGGCCGCCCGCAGCUGGCGGUGGUGGCUACUAUCCCAACAAUGACGGCCACGGAAAUGCCUAUGGGACCCAGGUGUGCACGCAGGUAGUGAGAAACAGAGCAGCUGACACUAGGGGAACAGCAGCCGGUGAAUCGGUGUGUGCGGGGAUCUUUGUUACGCGGCUCAGCGGCUGACCAUUGCAAACAGAAAACACUCUGGGCGGGCAGAUCCUGGCAGGAGGGGAAGGAAGUGUCCACAGCAGGAAGUAACGGGGGUCUCGUCUACACUGAGUGUAUCUCAGAGUAAGCGGGCGAUCUUGAAGCUCUCAGCCAUUGUCUGCUUCUGUAAGGGAAGGCUGAUGACAAAAUGUCAUGCUGGGAAAAGAAAACGCCACGGAUUGUUUUUUCCUUUUUUUUAUUGGAGACACAAUGCACGUAAACAUUGUAUUCAUUCUAUGUAUAUAAAGUAACAGUUCCCUAUUGGUGACAUGUUGCAAAAUUAUUGGGACUGUAAUUCCGCCGGUCCCGCAUCGCAUCGGGAUGCAUAGUUACAAAUUUUAUUUAUUUUUUUUAUUCCGAAAUGAGAACCUUUAAGAUUUACUUCCUUAGCAACUUAAAUAAUUUAAUGCUUACUUAUUUUUGAGAGAGAGCAUGAGUGGGAGAGAGGCAGCAAGGGACAGAGACAGGGGAGCAGAAGCAGGGUCCUCAACACCAGAGAGCUGGACGCGGGGCUCGAGCCCAUGAACCGUGAGAUCACGACCUGAGCCCAAGUCAGAGGCUGAACCGACUGAGCCACCCAGGCGCCCCCUUCCCUUAGCAAUUUUGAGAUGCGAUACAUUCGCAUUAUGAUGUGAUACAGGGUCGUUAAUCAGCGUCUCCGUUCUGCCCAUGACGUCCUGGGGCUUAUAAAUGCAGACUUGUCCCUCUGAUUCGGUUCACCCGUCAGUCAAUUUACCGGUCAAAGGCAAAGCAUGAAUUUACUUUUCUCUUUGCCAUUGGUUACGGGCUUUCAGCAUCAGAACUGAAUGGAGUCACGGUCUGGUGGGUUGUGACUGAUAUGGGUGCAUUUGCAAGGCGUCGGGGUCCUGUUGGAGAUGUGGUCCGUGAAUCUCCGCAGCCUUGGGAUGAGGAAAUAAUAGUUUACAGCCCGUUUUACAAAGUAAAGGUGACAGGGACAGACCUCCGUCACCCCAUAGAUGGCCCUGUCCCCAUAACACAAUGGGAAAUUGUCGGCCAAAAGCAGAUGCCAUUUUUAAGAAAUUGUUUUCAAUGUUUGUUUAUUUUUGAGACAAAGAGAGCAUGAGCGGGGGCAGGGGCAGAAAGAGAGGGAGGCACAGAAUCUGAAGCGGGUUCCAGGCUCUGAGCUGUCAGCACAGAGCCCGACGUGGGGAUUGGACUCGAGAGCUGUGAGAUCAUGACCUGAGCCGAAGUCGGACGCCCAACCGACUGAGCCAUCCAAGUGCCCGGAAAAGAGAUUUUUUUCUUUGAAACUUGGCAAUCAUCAUCACACGGGGCCCCUGAUCCUCUGGGGUGAGGAGUUCCGAGCCCCUUGAGCCGAAGGCCGUGCAGUGUGGCCUCAGCUUCCAGUCCCCUGUGGUCAGAGGCCACGCCGUGGGGACGGUGCACCUUUCGGUUGCACGGGGAGGGCGGCCUCGACAUCUCCCCAGCCUCACGCGGCAUCUUGGGUCGGGUGUGCUGCUGUUCUCGGUGCCGCCCCAGAAACUUCCGGGGUUCCAGUUCACGUGCUCUUU